AUGGACCCCAGCCGUCUCAAUCUUGCCAUCCACUCUUUCCGAGAGCAUGCACUCUCCAACAACUGGCUUCCCUUGCUCCGCGAAGCUCGUCGGCUUAUGCAACCAAUCGGCACUUACAAGGACGACGAGUCGUUGCUGAUCAGCGCUCUAGCUGCCGCUUAUGUCAGGCGUCAGCCGGCAAACGAAGCCCUAAGGGAAUUGCAUGGCGUGAAUUGCCACGCUGAGAACGUCUGGAGGGACUACUAUCAUGCUUAUCGCCCGCAUAUUGACAUGCGCGUCAACGAUCUCCUGCAGCGUCUUCAGAUGCACGUUUCAAUGAGCCCAGCACUUUCGUCACCUGCUGAGGGACGCAACGUAUCGACAUACGGCGGUCUCGAUACGGUCAGCAUGAUUCAAGCUCCGGCGACGACGAACUCUCCCGCCACUUCGCAUAUUGCCUCUGGUAUUGACUCAUUGCCUACACCUAUCUCACCCUGCUUGAGUCUCGCGACGCCUGACCAAGAGUUCACGCACGCUCAAGAAGACAGCCACCGCAAAGAGCCUGAAGAAGACAAGGCGUAUAUGAUCAGAAGACUGCAGGAAGCGCUGAAUAAGGACGAGUCGUUCAACGUCACGGAGCUCGCAAAGUCCAUGGCCAUCGAGGCUCCACAUCGCCAGAUGAUGUACUGGAAAAGGCUGAUGUAUCGCAAUCCUGACGCUCGUGCCAUCCUGAGCCGGCGCAAGGGCUGCUUGCUUUCUCGCCCCGAAGCUGAAGACUCGGGAGAAUACAGUAUCUUCGGCACUGACGACAACGAAGUUGGCCCUACGCGCGCGACUCGACGUACUCGUUUGCCGUCUGGUCGCCGUAAAUCUGGUCGUUCGUCGCUGCACGACUUUGAACAGCCUUCGGAGAGCGAGGCAGACUCUGAUGAGCCUACGUCCUCCCCGCAGCGGCAUUCAAAUAAGCCAUACAUCAACAGCGGUAGUUAUACAGAUAGCGAAAGUAGGGGAAGACAUAAUGGCCCAUACACGCUCGGUGACAUACGUGCUCUCGCAUCGCUGCUCCUCAAAUAUCCCGAGCUAGAUACGCUUGGUGACCAUCGUCUCGGAGAGUUCAUAGAAGAGAAUCUAGGGAUACGCACAGCGUCUGCUUGGAGGAAGGCAUUCGCGCGACGCAAGUCUCACGUCAGAGCAUUGGCCGCUCAGAUGAAGGAAGAGCGAAGUUCGCCCACUCAGAGAUGCUUGCACACCGCACCGCAAUCGUCGACGCAAUCUCCUCCGACCACAUCUUCGAAUCUCCCACCUACCAAGCGUCCUCGGGCGACCACAACCUUACCUUAA